AUGAGCCCAGCAGCGAGCACUUUAGCGGGGGCCACAAGCGCGGUCAAAGCAGCGGCGGGGCCGGGGGGGCAGGCGCUUGCCUGCCUGAUGGCGCGCGCCGCGGCCAAGGGCGCGCCGCGCGCGGCGCCGCCGGCUGCGGCCGCCGGCCGGCGCCUGGCGGCUGCGGCCGCGAGCAGCGGCAUGGUCAACGCGGUCGCGGGGCGGCGGGCGGCGCAGCAGCAGGAGCCCCCGGCCGAGGCCCCGGCCAACGUGUCGGCCAGCGAUGCGGAAGCCCUGCGGGCGGCCGUGGCGGCGGCGCUGGCAAAAGGCGGCCUCGUCAGCGAGACAAUGCUGCUGCCAGCCUACGACUACCUGAUCGGCCGCAUCACCUACGCCGCGUCGGAGGAGCGCCUGCGCGUCGCGCACGCGCUGGGCAGCGCGCCGCCCUUUGAGCUGCUGGGCAUCGACUGGGGCCUGGACUGCGUCGAGCGCGGACUGGACUACUGCAAUGGGGACAAUCGGGACGCGACAUACAUCACGUCGUGGCCUUUAGUCAGCCUGGACCGCCCCGGUCAGCGGCUGGUCCUGGCGGGCGUCAACCACGCCGCAUCAGGGACAGCCAGCUUCUGCAACGUUGCGCUGACGGACCCAAUCCAGCGGCGCGGCCUGACCGCCUUCGAGGACACCGGGCUGGUCGGCAGCGCGGACCGCUUCCUGAAGGGCACCCCCUACGAGUGGGCGUCCCCGCUGCUCUUCGCGGUCACCUUCAGCCGCGACUGCACAGGCAAGCGGCCGGCGAGCGGGUCGUUCCUGCCAUCCCCGCUGCUGCUUAUCGGCCGCGCCUACGCAAACCCCGCCACCGGCGUCGGCCCCGCGGGCGCGUCAUUACUCACAUUUCACUCCAUGGUGAUGACGCCCGCUGACGUGGCGCUGCCCGGCGACUCGCGGCCCAGAUACGACUAUCGGAUAUUUGCGACAGAGCCCGGAAAGAUCGGCGGGCUGGAAGGCGGCGCGGCGGGGUCCGCGGCCGCGGCGACUGCCGCCGUGGCGCGGCAGGCGGGGGCGGCGGCGCCGCCGGGGGCGUGCGUGAGGAGCGUGGUGGGGAUGGCGCAGUGCGCGUCGGGUUCGUGGCAGGCCUGCUGCGAGAUGUUGCAGGGGUGGGCGGCCGCGGGCUGCUGGUGCAGCCAGGAGGGGGACGUGCUGCUGGGCUCCAUGCCGGCGGUGCUGGGCCGCGCGGUGCUGUCCGCCCUCUCGGCCAGCUGCGGCCUGCCGCAGGCGCCGCGGACUUGCCCGGCACGCUACGGCGGGUGA